AUGUUUUUAAUCCCUCACUUUCUUUUGAUCGCGGCAUCUUUCUGCUCUGCCGUAGCAGCCGAUGGCUAUCCUUUGGCUCACAACAGCUCGUUGGUAGCCCACGAUCCGAAUAUCCUCCAAUAUAAGGGUUCCUACUACCUCUUCAAGGGAGGAGUAUCGAUACCAUUUUACAAGGCACAAAGUCUUAACGGCCCUUGGGAAGACGUUGGUACCGUAUUAAGCGGACUGAGUAUAAUCCCAAAGGAGAAUCAAAAGAGACCAUGGGCACUAUCUGUCAUUCAAAAGAAUGGUGUUUUCUACUGUUUUUACACAAUUAGUGAAAGGGGCAGCAACGACAGUGCUAUCGGGAUUGCAACCUCGAAUGUGCUGAAAUCUGGCUCUUGGAAGGAUCACGGUGCGAUUAUUCAAACUGGAACCGGCCCCGGCUCCCAAAAGCCCCCCUUCAAAGAGUCCAACGCUAUCGAUGCGCAUGUGUUCAUCGACCCGAAAGAUGGUGCAGCGUACCUGAGUUACGGCAGCUUUUUUUCGGGCCUCUGGCAGCUACCCCCGAGCAAUGACCUUCUCUCUCUCAAAAACUCAGACAGCCCAGAUGCCAAACAUCUAGCCACUACUCUCCGCGGAAAGUGCUGCCACUUUCCAGACCCGAAAAAUCUUCCCGAUAAUGGAGUAUAUUCCAUCCGUGUAGGACGAUCGAAGAACGUUCGAGGUCCAUUUAUAGACAAGAAUGGCAAGGCAUUGACAUCUGGAGGUGGCCAUGUCGUGUAUGGUUCAAAUCAUGAUAAGCAGGUAUUCGCACCUGGUGGGCUUGGAGUGUUGUCGGAUGGCCCACAAGACAUCCUAUACUAUCAUUAUUUGAACAAAAAUGUCGGUGUGGCCCAUCUAGAUGCUUUUAUGGGAUGGAGCUACCUUGAAUACGUCGACGGCUGGCCUAUCGCAAAGUAUGAUCCAGUUGGAAAAGACUCACAUAUAAACGAUAUAGUGCAGUAA